AAAGCAUGCAAAAUAAUGUCGAUUAGAUUUCACUUUUUCGUUUUCGACAUUUGUUCGGUUGUUCUUGGAAGCCGUACUCCCAGAGCUCCCGUGGAAUCUCAUGGACCCUGCGCUGACCCUCAGGUUCCGGUUGCCGGAGCUGUCCCUGUUUCGCCGGAAAAGCGACCCUCGGAGUACUCUUUUCCGACUAGGGGUGCGGGCGAAAGCGGGCCUGAGCUCCACAUCGCCGCCGUCGCUCAAGACUCGGUUGACCGUCGCCGCCAAGAAAAGGCCGCCGAUUGAUGGGCUCAGCGACGAGCUGAACGCGAUCGCGUCGCAGAGCCUGGACUUCGCGCCUGCUAGGAGAAGGGUCCGAGCCGCGUUCAGCGAGGUCCAGCGACAGCUCGAUCAUUGCUUGUUCAAGCUGGCUCCUGCUGGGAUCAGAACAGAGGAGUGGUAUGAGACAAACUCAAACGGUCUCCAAAUUUUCUGUAAGAGCUGGUUACCUAAAGCAGGUGUUCGAAUUAAAGGCGCAGUUUGUUUUUGCCACGGCUAUGGUGAUACUUGCACUUUCUUCUUUGAAGGUAUCGCCAGGCACUUUGCUUCUCAAGGAUAUGCUGUUUAUGCUUUGGACCACCCAGGUUUUGGCCUUUCAGAUGGAUUGCAUGGUUACAUCUCAAACUUCGAUGAUUUAGUCGACAAUGUCAUUGAACAAUACACGAAAAUCAAAGAGAGACCUGAAGUGAGAGGAUUGCCUUGCUUUAUAUUGGGACAGUCCAUGGGUGGAGCUGUUACUCUCAAGGUUCAUCUAAAACAGCCUGAUUCAUGGGAUGGAGUCGUGCUUGUUGCCCCGAUGUGUAAAAUUUCAGAUGCUGUUAGACCACCUGAAGCAGUUGUAAAAGUGUUGACCCUUAUGUCUAGCAUUCUGCCAAAAGCAAAGCUCUUCCCACAGAAGGAUCUUGCUGAGGUGGCUUUCAGAGACUUGAAGAAAAGGAAAAUGGCUGUCUACAAUGUGAUUUGCUACAAUGACCAGACACGACUGCAGACUGCCUCAGAACUUUUGAGGGCAACUAAUGAUAUUGAGUCACAAGUAGACAAGGUUUCAUCUCCAUUGCUGAUUCUUCAUGGAGCGGGUGAUAAGCUGACAGAUCCUUCAGUUAGUAAGUUUCUCUACGAAAAAGCCUCUACCAAGGAUAAAACCUUAAAGCUUUAUGAAGGAGGGUAUCACUGCAUUCUUGAAGGCGAAUCUGAUGAAAAGAUAUUUAUGGCCCUAGAUGAUAUUGUUUCAUGGCUGGAUUCUCGGUGUUCCCUCAAGUAGAAAACCCCUUCUCUUGACCUUGAAAGCAAAUGCAUUUGAGAUUGUCAUUGUUAAGUUGCACCUUGGGCAGCUCAAACUUCAUUCACUGAUACAAUUAAGGAAAGGGGUCCUGUUCCUGACUAUGUUGCUGUUCAGUGCCCCUGCCUAGCCUUCAUAAUGGACUCCUCUGCUUAAUUGGGUUGAAGUUUAUUCGUUUUUUCACCCCUUUACUUUCUCAGUGUUUGUUGCAGCAAUCACCUCUGAAUUUGAGGGCCAUUUCGAGGAAGUCGAUAACCUUUUCUUUGCCUAGUCGUUUGUAGUUGUUACUUUUGGCGGUGGAAGAUGUAUGUGAGCUCAACUGUCAGACGACAAAUUUCUCUUGUGACUUUUGCUUAUUAGUUAUGUAAAGUGAGAACGGUGAUCAAUCUUU